CCUCCUUGUUCAUUGAAUAAAAUGCGACCCUGCACACGAUCUGUGCUACCAUUUGCCAUUUAAUCACCGUCCAAGAAGGAACUGUGGGUAGGAAUUCUCUCUUGGAAAAGAAUAACAAGCAACCAUGAAGGUCCUUGCAGUUUUCAUUGCUCUGGUUGUGGCUACGGCACAGGCACAAUUCUCUCAAGAAAUUGAGGAAUUCCACAGGAUGUUCGAUGAAUACCACGAGGAGGUGGACUACUGGCUUAGGGAUCAACGCCUUCUUGUCAGUGACAGCAUCAGACAAGCCAACCGUGUAGCUCUUGAGCAGGUUUGGAAUGACGUAACAGCCGUCCGUCUCAUCACCGUGAGUGCUGAACAAGCCAUUGAUAAUCAUGCCGCCGAGGUGGGAGAGAAUCCCUGCAUCGCUCAAAUCCGCACACGAUUGGCAGAUCUCGAGGAAGAGGCCGGUGUGAGCAUCAGCAGCUGCUCUCGCAACCUCCACCGUGACUUCCAGCAUGCCCUCGACUAUGGCUUCUUCAUUCACAUCAACUACGCUCAGCGUAUGUCCCACUUCCUCCAACUCCUCGUCCUCUACACCCUUGGACACUACAACGCCGUCACAAAUCAAGACUACAUCCGCUAUGAGCUUCAGGAGAACUGGGAUCAUCGUGAGAACAUCCGUGAUGAAUACUACAUCAACUACUACCGCGACAUGCUAGAGGUUGGCAAGACCACGGGCAACAUCAACAUGGAGAACUGCCUCCUUAUUGUGGCUAAUCUCUACAACAUUGAUGUAAACCAAUUGAGGGAUGAUCUCUCCCACUGUUAGCAUGCUCAUUAGAUACCCAAAAAAUGCAAACCGCAAGUUCUUCUCGGGUUUGCUUACUAAAAACGUUUUUCUAUGAAACAAAUACGGUGAUAAAAAAUAAAAAAUGGAUUAUAAUUAGAGAAAAAA